CAGACCUAUAGGAAAAGUACUUUUAUAACACUAGAUAUUAUUCGUCAAUCGUUUAGUACUUUUGCUAAACCAAUAGAUAGACUCCUUUUAUUAUGUAAUUCAAGCUCCUAUUGGAGAUAUAUCAGCUGUACGUAAAUGUAACCGAGCAUUCAACAGUUAGUAGAGGUAGAGAUCUAAUUGCAUGUAUAUACAACGUGCUGUAAAGUAUGCAUGACAGGAUAAACAAUAGCAAUUUUAAAGAUUAAAAAUUGUUUGAAAUCCACACUAUAUUUGAGUAGUAGUUGAAUAAGUGAAUAAAUAAAUAGUGAAAUGAUUGGAAUGAGGAUGAAUGCGUUUAACGACGCAGGACUUGGAGAACCAGAACAAGAUGCUAAUUCAGCUCUUAUAGAGCUCGAUAAAGGACUCCGUUCUGUUAAGACUGGUGAACAAUGUGAAGCCAUUGUACGUUUUCCUCGCCUGUUUGAAAAAUACCCCUUUCCUAUUUUAAUUAAUUCGUCAUUGCUCAAGUUGGCUGAUGUCUUUCGCAUAGGUAGCAAUUUUUUGAGAGUAUGGGUUCUUCGAGUAUGUCAACAAAGUGAAAAACACUUAGAUAAAAUAUUAAAUGUGGAUGAAUUUGUAAGACGUAUUUAUAGUGUAAUUCAUUCUAAUGAUCCAGUUGCCAGAGCUCUUACUUUACGUACUUUGGGCAGUGUAGCUGGUAUCAUACCAGAACGGCAGCAGGUUCAUCACAGUAUAAGAAGAUCUUUAGAUUCACAUGAUUCAGUUGAAGUGGAAGCUGCAAUUUAUGCAGCACAGAUGUUUGCUGCACAAUCAAAAUUAUUUGCUGUUUCUAUGUGCAGUAAAAUUUCAGACAUGAUCAGGGGUCAAGCUACCCCAUCGUCUAUGAAGCUUCAGCUUAUACCAAUCUUACAAUACAUGCAUCAUGAUACUUCGACUGCUUCCAUGGUGAAUGAAUUAUGCAUGGAAUUACUUGGGAGUUAUCCAGCUGUUGAAUUUGUAAGAGUGACAUUGAGUGCACUUAGCACACUUGCAUCUGCAACAGUAAUAGAUGUUUCUGGACAAGUUACAUUAUUACUUCAGUAUUUACAUAAUGAUCCACGAUUAUCGGUCAAACGUCAUGCAUUACAUCUUUUGCAUAGUCUUGCCAGAAGAGGUGCUCAUCUGUGGCCACAGGGUGCACUCACCAAUUUGAUUGAUAGUACAACAAUACUUUUACAAGAUGGAACCGAAAAUACGGAUCUCCUUAUCCGUACUCUAGACGUUAUAGAGGUAUUGAGUCAAAGCGCAGUAACCUGUGAUGCAAACAUGGAAGAAGGAAGUCCACUUUUGUCUCUCUGCGUUAAUGCAUGCUAUUCACCAGAUCCUUUUGUAGCUGUAAAAGCAGUGACAAUUCUUGCAAGGAUUGCUUGUUACUGCUACGAAGAGGGAUUACCAGCGUUUGGAGCCCAGGAUGUGGUCUCUUGUCUGGAGUCCUUAAUUGUACUUUUAGCGUUAGAUGAAAAACACUUGUAUCAAUUAAAAGGUUGUUUACGAUCCACUGUUAAACUUUGCCAAGCUCAACCAAGUCAUUGCACUAUAUUCGUUGAUGCUAUUGGUGCAACAUUAAUUAACACUAGCCCUGAAGGUGGUCAAAGCGAUGGGCAGAUGGUGGCUCUUUGCGAAGCUCUAGGGGCUAUAGGAAGCUUGGGAGACAAUGCUCUUUUACCUCUUUUACCAGAUAUUCUAAUAAAGCUCAAACAAACGGUACACGUGCACACAAAGGUAAUGCUUUGUACUUUACUAUUUCAAAUAGUCGCAGGGGGUUACGAAUGGAAUGCUGAAUGUCUUGAAGCAAUAAAAAAGGUCGUUAAAAGUGUGGAUGGUUGGGCCAAAUAUCGAAUUGCACGUAGUGCAGCAAGAUACGGCCACCAUAGAAUUGCAACACGCAUAUUUUAUGGAUUAAAAGAAGCCGUAGCAUCGGAACAAUUGCAUUUUUGGCUUUCAGGAUUACAGUUAGUUACAAGUGCAGAAAGUCAUCUUAUGGAGGAAACGGAGGAUAAUGAAAAUGGUAGAAAAUCUGGUAUUGUGGAGAAAUUAAAUGGUGCGAUAUCACGUUACGCUAGUGCUUGCGCUUCAAUGAAAGCAGCCAGUACACCAUUACGCAGUUUGCAAUUUGCCAGCGAAUACUCGAUACUCCGCUGUGAAUUUUUGCAAGCAUUGGUCCAGCUGUUACAUUCUUGCAGAUCACUUUGUACUGCACCACCACCGGCAAUUGCAGUAGCCGUAGUACUUGCUACUAAAGAUGAUUUGCAACGAUACGGAAGAGUUACUCAUCAGUUAAGAAAGUCAGCACAGGAUUUACGAUCGUGUGCAGAGAAUUAUCAAAAACUUUAUCAAUCAGCUUUUGAUGCUGAUCCCGGAUCCCUGGCGAAUAUUCGAGCGCUUCAGGAAAUGUGUAGAUUGAUGGCCAACAGUGUUGAGCGAGUCUGUGGAGGAGUAGGUGUUUCCAGAUAUCGACAGAAUGAAGGGGACUUCAAUUUUGGAGAUUCCGUAGAAAUGCGGCAACUUGCACGUUGUUGUUCAGAAGUUCGUCGUCUUGCACCGCCCUUGGAAACCGAAGGUGGUGCUAUAAGCCAUCUUCGUGUCGGUUGUUUGAUCUCUCAAGUGAUGUUACUAGCUGGUGGAAAAAUGCGUCUACCAAUACCUCGAUAUUUCUUCCAAGCGUUGCAAGCUACUAGUGUGAAAUUAUCAGUCUCUCCACAACCUCGAGUACUCGGUGAACCUGUAUCAGUUCCUCAAGGUAGUCAACUGGCUCUCAAAGUGGAAGGGGUCUUGAGACAUGGUCGUAGAGCAUCUUUGUUUCGUUCAGUAGCUGCUGUUUGUAUCUCCAUAUCUACAGUACCUCCUUCAAAGAUCAACUCUGAUCAAAAGGACACAAACAUGAACGAAUUGCAGCAAACAGUAACCCCUCAUCGCGAUUUCUUUGCUUGCGAGUUUUUACUUUCUUUGGGAAGUCCAGCUACUGGUCCAAGUUGUAACAGUAACAUCAACAGUGGCGGCCAGUAUCAAGUCACUGCAAGUGCCAGUAUACUUGACAAGGAUGGAAAUGUGUGGAAAUGUGGUCCUCGUUCUACGUUACAAGUCAAAGUGCACGAGGAACCUACCAAACGAAAACUGCCUUGAUCUGUAGAGUACUUCUAGAAGGUAAAAUGAUGGAUGCUAUAGGAAAGUAAUUCAACAUUGAUAUUUCAUACAAGAUUUUAAUACCCAUCUUAAAGAACACCCAACGAUAUUAAAAUAUA